AACAGGUUUUAGCACCUUACCAGCGCACUGAAGAAAUAAUAUUAUUAAAAUAGAUUAUUAUUUACUUGUUAUUUUCACAUCAUUUUUACAAUUUUUAAACAAAGAUAUUUAAAAGAAUAAUUUAAAAAAAUUAACCGACAAAAAUAAUUAUUAUACAAUACUUUUUAAACGUAUUUUAUUUCGCGCGUUAUUUUGUCAAAAAAGACAAGCUAACCGCUAGCUAGCUAGCUAUCUGUUUCAGGAUAAUAAAGUAUGAUUUUACUCUUAUAAUUUAAACGGGUUUAUGGUGACAUUUCGGCAGAAUACUAGUUCUUUAGUUUUCGUUAUUUAUUGCGUUUCUUCGUCACAAGAAGCAUUCCUGGCUGGCAACGAUAACCCGUUUCUCUGAAUUAUAUUGGGGGGGAAGAAGAGUAGUACGUAGACAAAACAAGUUAACGAUUUGACUCAGUUGAAUUUGUUUUUCUCCUUAGCUCCUAAAAGGUGGCAAAGAUGACAGCUUCUAAGUACAAGCGUUCACUGAGGAAACAGUUAAACCAGGAGCUUUACGCGACCAUCCGAGUCUUGAGGAAGGAGAACGUCUUUCUGAAGAAGACCCUGGCUGAGCUGUCACGUCAUCAUGCGGAGCACAACAGGCUUGUGGAGAGAUUUAUGUCUCUUGAAACUACGAAGCUCGAGGAUCCUCAGCAGUUGGUUACAAGAGAAGACAAUUUGACAGCUGAUAUUACCGGUAACAUGAUGAGAGACAAAGCCAGAUCUAGUUCCAGCAAAGAAGUCAAGAAGAAACUUGGGACCACUUCAGCUAAGAGCCAAGGUCUUGAGAGCAACGCUCCAUGGAAGCAGGACUUUGCAGCAGAUGAAGAGGCUUCCAUGACCAAUGAAGCUGCGUCGGAUCUUAAAAAACAACUCAGAGAUGCUUUGGAAAAGAACAAGCAAUGGCUGAAUUAUGACCAGCAGAGAGAGGCCUAUGUGAAGGCGAUUCUGGCCAAAAUGUUAUGGCUGGAGAAGCAUCUGAAUGAAGCCAAUCAGGCGCGCUUGCUGCAGCACAAUGAGGAGCAUUCAAAUGCUGGGAAAUUAACCCAAAUGCAAGAGCAUUUUGAAGGAGUUCUGCAGAAAGUCACUGAGGACCUCAAAACAUGUCAGGAUCAAGUGGAAAUGACCCAUCAGAACCUGAUUAUCGCUCAAAGCUGGUGCAAAGAGAAGGAGCGGGAGUUGGAGGAGCUCGUGCAUCAGCUGCAUGUUGAAAGAGCAAACAAAGAGCGAGCAGAGGAGGAUCCAGCUAGCUGCCAUGUGGAAAACCAACCACUGAUGGACGAGACUGAUCUGCAAGUGCUGCUGAGAGACGAGAGGCGAAAGUCAGCAAACUUUGAGCUGCAGGCGAAUUUGUUUCAGAGAUUCAUGCUAAAUCGUCACCACGAAGACCAGAAGAUGAUUGCAAACCUGAAGAGACAAAUUACGAUUGCUGCACAAGAUCUUGAGGAUGAGAAACAUGACUGUUCAUAUUUGAGAAAGCAGAUGGUCAAACUUCUUAAGAUGUUGCCAAAAGCAAAACGCCAUGGGGCCGAGGAGAUGAAGAGAAACAAGCAGGCUUCCAGCUCAAGUGAAGACGUUCAGCCACCUUCCCACACGUCCAGAGACAGCCUGGCAUCUUCUGCUCACAGCGAUGCGCUAAAUGAAAGCUUCCUGGAGUGUCCCAGCUGCCAGGCUAAGUACGCAGCCAGUCAGCACCAAGAGCUCCUGAACCAUUUGGAAAUGUGUCUGGAGUGAGCUGAACUUGAAGCCCCUUCCUGUUCUUGGGGUUGUUGUUGUUGUUGUUGUUCAACAGGUUAAUAAAAUGUAGUGUUGAGUUGUUGAGAUGUUUAGCUUUUUCAUUCUUAGUUAACAUUUGUUUGUUGAAGAAAAAGCCAGUUCAUCAUGAAAUGUUCUGUGACUUAAUGAGAAUUAUCAUUAAAAACUGAAAAGAAAAGAAAAAGAUAUUUCUCUAUACAACUAUAAGAGUUAAAUAUAAUUUUCCACAAAGGUUUUGCUUAAUGCAAACAGAACAAAACCAUUAAGCCUCUCUGUUAAUAGUUUGUUUACUCCACUUAAAAUGGCUAACAGAAACAUACGCUGUAAGAAACGGUUUAGUUUAUAAUGUAGAAAGGAUUAAAAGUCUGUUUUCUUUUUUUUAAAAACAUUUUAGGCACAUUUUGGGUUAUUUGUAUAAAUAAUAUUGUUUUUAAGAUCUCUUUUUAUGAAGAAUAGUUUUUUAUUUGAUGUGUGUUUCAUGCAAAUUAACUUUCCAGUUUUUUUAAAUAAAAACUAAAAUGCAUGAAAUAUGCACAAAAAGGCUAAGUCUUCAAAACUGCAUAGCCUGUUGGAAAGUGUCUUCAUUCCAUGAUAUGAAGCUAUUGCUGUAACUUUUAGUUCAAACUUUAAGUUUCACGCAAGCUGUCCUCAUUGUCCA